UCCCCUGCGAGAACCAGGACGAGAAAGCACCGCUAGUUUUCACUGCACAGAAUUCAGUCGCUGAGCAAUGCGCCGGCGGUGAAUCGGGUCUCUCUCCCGUACACCGCGAAUGGGUAGAUUCGGCUGGCUAGGGUUUUCGAGAUCGCUGCUUCUGCAAACUACAAAGUCUCUUGGGUCAUCUUCGGCCACGAUUGAUCGGAGGCACGAAGGAUUGUUGCCAUUUCUUAGAGCGAUUUCUUACCAAUCUCCAGUUUCAUGCGGAUGCAAAGGCCAUAACGCCAGCAGAACUUAUAAUCAGUUCAGACACACAUAUUUUUCGAUCCGAUCUUUUCAUGCUACGGGGAUAUGUUGUAUUAUAGACCGAGACUACUAUGAAAUCCUCGGUGUUCCCAAAGGUGCUAGUCAAGAUGAUAUCAAAAAAGCUUUUCAUGCACUUGCAAAGAAAUAUCAUCCAGAUGCAAAUAGAAAUAGUCCUGCUUCUAAAAGAAAGUUCCAGGAGAUAAGGGAUGCAUAUGAGACAUUGAGCGAUGCUGAAAAGAGAGCACAUUAUGACAGGGAAUUCUUGAGAAAAUCUGAGGAGUCGAGGUACCCUGAUGAAGAUGCCAAUGGCUUUCGAAGAGCCUAUGAAGAUCCUUUCUCUGAUACGUUCUAUAAGAUAUUCUCUGAGGUCUUUGAACAUGAUAGAGAAAGAUAUGCAGAUGACCUACAGGUGAAAUUAGAUCUCACUUUCACUGAGGCUGCUAAAGGUUGCACAAAACAUGUGUCUUUCAGAGCACAAGUUCCUUGUGAUUCAUGCUAUGGAAGGGGUCACUCUGUCAAUGCAAAGCCAUCUAUAUGUCCUACAUGUAAAGGCGUUGGAAAAGUUACAAUUUUUCCAUUCACGACUACGUGUAGUUCUUGCAAAGGUCGAGGGAAAAUAAUUAAGGAUUAUUGUUUGGCAUGUAGAGGAUCUGGGGUGGUUGAUGGUGUAAAGAAUGUCAGUGUUACCAUUCCACCAGGAGUCGAUUCUGGUGAUACGAUUCAGGUUCAAAAGGCUGGGAAUCAAGGGGGACAUAGCGUCGGUCCAGGCAAUUUGUAUAUUAAACUGCAGGUAGAGAAGGACCCCAUUUUCCAAAGAGACGGAGCUGAUGUCUAUAUAGAUGCUCGUAUUAGCUUUACACAGGCUAUUCUUGGGGGUAACAUUGAAGUACCAACCUUGUCCGGAAUGACGCAAGUGAAGAUACCGAAAGGAGUCCAGCCGGGGCAACUUUUGGUUUUACGGGGUAGAGGUUUACCAAAGCAAAUUGGUUUCUUAGACCAUGGUGACCAAUAUGUGCGGUUCCGUAUACACUUUCCCUCUUCGGUAAAUGAUCGCCAACGAGAAUUGUUGGAGGAGUUUGCUAAGGAGGAAGAAAUUCGAGAAAGUGCUGAAAUUACCUAUGGGAACUGGCUUGAUCAGCAGAUGUGUACUGGUUGAAACUUACAGGUGGAGGCAAAUAGGUGAUUUAUUGACCGCUCCAUGGUUCAUGCUCGGUGUUGGUUUCCUACUACUUAUCCAUUUUCUGCUAAGAGUUUGAGAUAUAAUCUGAUUCAUCUGCAAGUGUGCGUUUACUCUGAAACUAAGAUAUAAUGCAAGCAUCAGUGCAUCAAACGCUUCGGCACGAAUGGAAUCGUCCAGCUUUGCAGCACCAAGCAUCUGUUUCAGCGAGCAAUUUUUCUCGUUAUGCAUCAGUUACAUUCCAUAAGAGGAGAUAAUUUCUUUUUUUGGGAGACCAGGGGACCAGGAAUAUAUUGAAGUCUGAAGGCGCCAAAUUCUAUUUCAGCGAAUGACUGCUUCAUAGCACAUUAGUUAGGGUCCAGAAUAAGGUGCAAACUUUUUAUCGAUAGGGCUGAGCACCACAUUAUCUGUAGCUGCUUUAUUUAGUGCUUUCAAUUCUGAGAACAGGUCUUUCUCCCUUCUGACCUGUUUAUUUUGAUCUGAGAAUCUUCAAAACAUGGGAUGAUUUUGAUACAACAUUGUAAAUUUAUAAUCUGUACAUCACUUGAACUUGAAAUUGAAUAUUGCUAUCCAUACGAAAAAUAAGACAAGGUGCUUCUCUUCGAA